GCAGCGAGAUGUCUUAUGUAAUCUGGAAACUAUUCAUGAAGCAAUAUGCUCGCCUGCGCCUGGGCCUGGGCCACAAUACGCAGCAGCCUCUGAGGCCGACAUUGAUCUGGCAUUCGUAUGCGGCCAUUGCAACGACUGACACAAACAAGGCAGCUGCAGCAACAACAACAUCUGCAACAACAACAGCAACAAACGGCGACCCAGGAGCCGAAUUAGUGGAUCAGGGCCAUUUAAGCGAGAUCUUGGUGCUGAGUGACACUCAAAUCGAUGGCCAGGCCGCGACGGCGGCGCCGCUAGCAGUGGCCAUCGACAUGGACAACAUGAACACGGACAUGGACACGAGCACGGACACGGACACGGCCAACAACAACAGCAACAACAACGACAUGAACGAGGCCAGAGCGGGCCACACAGCGCCAAUAGCGCGCGACGAGUUUGUAGAGGAGCUGGAAGAGGAGGAAGCGCAACUGGAGACGAUGCAGCAGCAGCCCGAGCAGGCGGAGCAGCUGUCGGCGCUGGCCAAACCAAAUGCUAAUUAUGUGUGCUGUCAAUGCCCAGCAACAACAGCAACAACAGCAGCAACAGCAACAACUGUGAACCGCAGCAAGUCGCGGGUACGCAGCUAUCUAAAGAAAUGCAAGCAACGCCUAACGGGUCAGCAGAGCAGACCAGCGACAACAGCAACAACAGCAGCAGCAACAUCUGCAACAACAGCAACAACAGCAGCAGCAACAUCUGCAACAACAGCAACAACAGAAACAACAACAACAACAAUUACAAUGAUCAAGAACGAAGGAACAGCACCCACAAUAGUGCAGAUAGAGUGCGAGGAGCAGGCUGCCGAGACUAAAGAGGAGAAAGAGGAGGAGCAGGAGGAGGCGGAGGAGGACUCCAGCUGUGGCAGCAGAGAUUCAGCCAGCGCAUAUAUCGACUGCAUGCCGCUCGACUUGAGUCUGCGUCGAGCGCCAGCCGCGCCGCAGGAGUCCAGCAGCGAUGCCAACAGCAGCGACUGCGAAACAGAAGAGGAGCUGAGGUUGCCACAGGAGCAGCAAGAGGUGCAGGAGGUGCAAGAGGAGCAGCAGGCUGUCCAGCAGGCAAUUGUAACUGGAGCUGGAGCUGGAGCUGGGAGUGCGAGGGAGACGGAACUGGCUGUGGAUGUGGAUGUCAUGCUGGCUGAACUGAUUGACAGGCAUCUGUCGCACAUUUAUCCCAUCUACUGGGCACGCACGCGUGCGAUUUUAAUGCGCCAGGCACGUGAGCUCCUCCUAGACCAUUUCGAGGGCUGCCUGCCCAGUUUCGAGCAGCGAUACCUAUGCAAAUUUGCGCAAAUUGCCGCCAAGCUGCGCGCCACUCAUCAAAUUGGCGAGUCCUGGUUAUGGCAUGCCGGCUGGCCGCUGGCCACAUCCAAUGGAGCGCUCGUACUGCAGCUGAGCGACUCUGAAAUCGCGCACGCACUUCAACCAGCCGAGCUCUAUCUGUGUGUCAAAUUGGAUUCUGACGCAGAGGCCACACCGCAGCUUUAUGUUGUUUGGCGCUCGUCCCAGCAGCAGCAGCAGCAGCAGGAGCACGAGGGGAGUCAGGGACAGAGUAACUGCCUACAUAUCGAUUACAAUAAUUCGCAACAACAGACACUGAGCGUGCUUCAGCUAGAGAUGUCUAUGGCGGCAAUGGCAGCAACAGGACACGCACAGAGUCCGGGCCAGGGCCAGGGGCAGGCUAACGAUGGCAUCGAGUUGCCGCAGCUGCUGCAGAAUUUGCUUGUGAGCGUGGAGCGCAGCAUUGAGCGCGUGUCGCUAAACGAGCUGCAGAUGCCGCUCGCCCUGGGCGAGGACCAGCUCGAUGAGGCCAACAACAACAACAACAGCAACAGCAAUAGCAACAACAUUGGGUCGCCAAAGUGCGCGCUGAGACGCAGCGAUUUAAUUACCAAAAACAAACUGUUCAACAAUCGUUACAUGCUCCGGCGCCUGACCAAUCGGCAGGACAGCAUGAACUCCACCUCGUCGGGCAACAGCAAUGCCAGCGAGCGCAGCAGCUCAAGCGGCAGCAGCAGCGCCGGCGAGGAGCUCCACAACCACUUGAAUAUCAACAACAACAGCAACAACAACAACAACAACAGCACGGAGCUUGUGGCAUCCACAUCGCCCGCCUUGCCGCUGUUUUGUCUGGGCAACUCAUUUCCGCACAUUGACAGCGACGAGGAGGCAAGCGAUGCGGCAACCGGCGGUGAGAAGCGUCAAGCGCUGGCGAACAGCGAGUCGCAGCCGGAGCCGUCGUCGCCGAUGGAGACGGAGACAGAGACGGAACUGUUGCCGCCCAACUCGAUCAGCGAAUUGCCCGAGAAACUGUUGAACAGCGGCGUCUAUUUGCCAGGCACACGCACCCUCCAAGGCGACCCACUUGUCCAUGUGGAUGCGGACGCUGUUGCCGGCGCGGGCCUCAAUUGCUAUGAGCUGGCCACACUGUUGCUUUACUACAGCACCAUACCGGAGCGCAGCAUUGCCCAUAAAAGUGCACAACAGCAACAGUUGCAGUUGCAGUCGGAGCAGCAGCAGCAGCAGCAGCAGCAGCAACAACAACUGAAACCCGCCCAGCAAACAUUUACCAUUUUAAUUGCCAUCGAGAAGUCGCAACAUUUAUGCGUAAUCGACUUAAUUUGCCAAAGCCUCAAAUUGUUAAGCAAGCAAAUUGGCAAUUGUGAAAUCUUGGCCGUUUGCCUCGAUGCGAAUUUGCUGCAAUUGUGCAACCAGCAGCAGCAACAGCAGCAGCAGAACAGCAGCAAUAGCUGUGAUCAAACGGAGCAGUCGCAGCAGCAGUCGCAGUCCCAGUUGCAGUCGCAGCCAUCGCAUUUGGUUAAAUUCAUUAGCGUGGACCAAGUCACGACAAGUGUUGCGCCACCGCAUUUGCCGAGCGGCGCGCUCCGGGGCCAGCAUCAUCACGACGCGCGCAAGUGGCGCGAGUUCUUUGCCCAGCUGGAGGCGUUCCAGCGUCAAUGUUCGGCGGCCGGCGGUCGUCUGGUUGGCGCUUUGAGCGACAUACGCGCCGCCGACUUGUUGGGUCUGCCAACGCGCCGUCAGCUUUAUGGCCAGCAUCGUGCCCUCAGCCGUGCCCUUAUGGACUCGCAGCUGCACAAUCUGCGCAAGCACGGCGCCACCCAGCUGGUGCGCCUCCAGGCGGCGGCCAGUGCUAUCAAUGCGCCGCCAGCCACAGUUGCGCCCGCGCCAGCUGCUGCUCCAGAUCCAAGUGCCUACCAUCUGGACGCGGACCAUAAGCUGCGUAAGGUGACGCUGCUCUACAGCGAGGUGGAUCGUGCUGCACAGCGUCUCGAGCAGCUCACGGAGCAGCGACGCGAGCGCCUGCGCCAACUGACGCGGCAGCGCGCCCUGGAGGAUGAGAUCAACGAGGUCACCUCUUGGUUGGGCAAUGACGGCGCUGAAAACUUGCAAAAAUUCGCACAGCUUCAGUUGGACAAUGAGGCGCAGCUGAAGGCGCAGGAGCUGGAAUUCGAGAAAUACUAUUUCAUAGCCAGGAAACACUUGGCCAAGGGUCGCGACCUGCACUUGGCGGCGCAGAAGAUAGCCGUACUGAGCGAGAGCGCACGCAACUUGAAGACGGCGCUGGAUCAAUUUGCGGAGAAGUUGGAGAAGACGCGGGAGCGCAUCGAGGGCGGCGCACGGCUGCUGCACUUGCUGACGCAGCAUCAGCGCGAAACGGCCGCGUUGGAGGAGCUGCAGCGCCUGGCCGCGGAGCUAGGCGCCACGGCGCUCAUAGACAAACAUUUGCCGGCCAUGCACAGAGCCAGCUCCCAGCCGGGAGCGAGCAGCACGCCCGCUCAGGCUGCCACAAAGCGUGGCAGCUAUCGCUGCAGCUCCGGUAAUGGCAGCUCCUUUGAGGGUGCCACCGGCGGCAGCCACUGCAGCUGCUGGCGCGAGAGUCGCAAUCUGGAGGACAUGGACGAGCCGGAGGAGGAGCACGAUCAGGAAUGCGAUGGCGAUGCCGAUGGCGAUGGCGAGGAGCAGCAGUCCAAGAUAGCCGAUUCCGGCGUCGGCGUUUGCGACAACUGCGAACGCAAUCCGAAGCUGGCGCGCAUCUGCAGCUGCCAGAGCCUAAACGAGAAGAGCCACGACGAACUGCUCGAGGACGAGUGCUUCGAGCGGCCCACAAAGCGCUACAUGGACAUGCACUCGCCCAUGGAGGCGAAUGCCCAUCUACAGUGCCAUGCCUCCAAUCUGGAGCUGACCAAACUGGAGGAGCUCAGCUGUUUGGAACCAAAAAUACAAAAAACGCUUCUAUUGAUCAUGCGGGAAAUGAUUGGUACCGAACGCGACUAUGUGCGCUCCCUGUACUACGUAAUCGAGAACUACAUCGACGAGCUGCUGCGCGAGGAUAUUCCGCAGCCGUUGCGCGGCCAGCGGAACGUGAUCUUUGGCAACAUUGAGAAGAUCUUUGAGUUCCACAAUUCGCACUUUCUGGGCGAGCUGGAGCGCUACGAGCGCAAUCCUCUAAAGGUGGGCGCCGCCUUCCUCGAAAUGGAGUCCAAGUUCUAUUUGUAUGCGCUGUACAACAAGAACAAGCCCAAGAGCGACACGCUGCUGAGCGAGUAUGGCAGCUCGUUCUUCAAGCCCAAGCAGCUCCAGCUGCAGGACAAGAUGGACCUGGCCUCGUACCUGCUGAAGCCGGUGCAGCGCAUGGGCAAAUAUGCUUUGCUCCUGCAGCAGCUGGUCAAGGCGGUGAAGAGCGUGGAGGGCGCUGCGCUGCAGGAGAUCGCCGCCGAUGUCGAGGAGUUGCAGCGCGCCGAGGAGAUGGUCAAGUUUCAGCUGCGUCACGGCAACGAUCUGUUGGCCAUGGACUCGCUGCGUGACUGCGACGUAAAUGUCAAGGAGCAGGGACGACUGCUGCGCCAGAACGAGUUCCUCGUCUGGCAGGGACGCGGCGGCAAAAAGACACUGCGCCAGGUGUUCCUCUUCGAGGAGCUGGUGCUGUUCAGCAAGGCGCGACGCUUUCCCGAUCACAAGAAUCUGGACAUUUACAUAUACAAGAACAGCAUCAAGACCUCGGACAUUGGACUGACGGCGCACACGGGCGACUCGACGACCAAGUUUGAGAUUUGGUUCAGAAAACGCAAGCCGGACGACACUUGGAUGCUGCAGUGCAUGUCGGAGGACAUCAAGAAUUCCUGGACCGAGGAGAUAUCCAAGCUGCUCUGGAAACAGGCGAAGCGAAAUCGAGAAAUUCGCCUGGCGGAGAUGUCUUCGAUGGGCAUUGGCAGCAAGCCCUGCCUGGACAUACGGCCCAGCAACAAUCAGAUCAGCGACCGCUCCAUACCCCUAACCCAGCUAAACAAAACGCCCAAGCUGCGUCAUGCGGAGCCGGGCAAGGGCAGCAUGCGCCGACCCAAUUCGCUCAUCUCGGAGAGCUCGUUGUCCAGUGGCACCAGCACCACCAGCAGCUCCUCCAUCAGCGGCGGUGGCGGCGGCUGCUCCUCGGGAAUGCAUGCGGCACACGAAACUGGACGCCACAGUCUCAAUCUGAGCUUCAGCAAACUGUCGGGCAGCCACUUGGGCAUCAGCAGUAGCAGCAGCGGCAACAACAACAAUAACAACAAUAAUCCCACGGCCACCUUGGAGCUAAUAAACGAAACGCAGGCGCUGAAGCUGAGCAACAGCAGCGAGCCGGACAAUGCCAACGCAAGUUCCAGCCAACGAUAUGCCACGCCCACGCUCGUCAGCAGCGGAUCGAGCAGAAGCAACAAGCGAAAUCACAAACGCUCCACAACAAUUGUCAGCCAGCUGUCCAUGGAGAGCGGCAUUCUGUCAGACAUGUCCAUCACGCCGGAUCAUCAGGAGCACGGCCACGCCCACGCCGCGGAGCAGUUGUCUGGCAGCCGGGGCAGUUGGUCCACAUCCACAUUCUGCACGGCCACAGCCACGGCCUCCACCUCGACGGUGAUCCUGCGUCGCUACAAGUCGUACGCCCACGCUGCCGAGGCAGCAGCGCCGGAGAGCAACAAGUGAGAUCGAAGUGGAAGUCGAAGUGUCGCAGUUUUCAUCUCAGUUUUCGAUGCCCGCAUACUUAGUUACGAGAAAAAUGAAUACAUAGCUUUAGCGAAAAACGGUUUCAUCAGAUUCAGAUUUACAUAUAAUACAUAUGCAUACUUAUUAUUAUUAUUAUUUUUUUGUUAUUUAUUAUUUAUUUUUGAUUUUAGUUGCGUUAAUAUUUUGUCAUCAAUUUUCAUCCUAUUGUAUUAUUUGCCUUGGAUGCAUUUUCUUACAUUUAUCACAUUCUCUGUUUUUAGAAAAUUUUGAAAUUAUUGAAUUCAAUGUGUCAAUGUCGAAAUAUAUUUCAUAGCUCUUAAUCAACCUUAAUCUACGCGUACAACCCACACACAAAACACACACACACAACACACAAAUCGAGGGGCACACACAAAGUGCCAGCCGAAAAUCAAUCGAAAUCGAAAUUCAUAACGUACAGUUAGUUAAUAUAUGUAAAUUAAGUGCCUAUCUUUAGAUUAUCGUAAACAAUAUACAUACAUAAUUGCAUAUCUUUACAAAUAUGAAUAAUGUAUACAAUUAAGCAAAGAAUUGAAUAAAUGUUGCUUCGAAAUAUUUAGAAUAUCGAAACAUAUCAGCAGGGCGCCACAUAAGCCAAGAAUCUGCGUAUGCUGCUUAACAGUUAAAAUGUUACCUCUCCGAAUUCAGUUUGUAAUUCCCAACAGCUUAUUCGCUGCCCUGCUGGUAUAAAUAGCUAGACGAAUAGAAAGUUGUGUAAUGU